AGUAGCUGCAGGGACGAGUCCGCCGCUCUUUUCUUGCUGCAUCCGCGCUAGCGCCCGCAGGUCCGCGCUCCGCCUCGCUGCCUCGCUCUGCGCCCCCGCCGCACUGUUCCUCUUCUUCCUGCUGUGCCCGCGGCGGGUCCGGGGUGCUGAGCCUCCUCGCCGUCCGCUUCCUUCCCUCCUUCCUUCCUUCCUUCCUUCCUUCCUUCCUUCCUUUGCUGCUGCAGCAGCGGCGAUUGCUGCUGCGUCUCCUCCUUCGUGGCUCCCAUGGCGGCGCCGGGCAACAUCGUGUCCGUUAUGGCGAGUAAAACCAAGACCAAGAAGAAGCAUUUCGUGGCCCAGAAAGUCAAGCUCUUCCGGGCCAGCGACCCGCUCCUCAGCGUCCUCAUGUGGGGGGUGAACCACUCGAUCAAUGAACUGAGCCAUGUACAAAUCCCUGUUAUGUUGAUGCCAGAUGACUUUAAAGCAUAUUCAAAGAUAAAAGUGGACAAUCACCUUUUCAACAAAGAAAAUAUGCCAAGCCAUUUCAAAUUCAAGGAAUAUUGUCCAAUGGUUUUUCGUAAUCUUCGAGAGAGGUUUGGAAUCGAUGAUCAAGACUUUCAGAAUUCUUUGACAAGAAGUUGCCCACUUGCUAAUGAUUCUCAAGCUCGGAGCGGUGCCCGAUUUCAUACCUCUUAUGACAAAAGAUAUGUCAUCAAAACUAUAACAAGUGAAGAUGUAGCAGAAAUGCACAACAUACUGAAGAAAUACCACCAGUUUAUAGUGGAAUGUCAUGGCAAUACGUUACUUCCCCAAUUUUUGGGCAUGUACCGGCUUACUGUGGAUGGAGUUGAAGUAUAUAUGAUUGUUACAAGAAAUGUAUUCAGCCAUCGAUUAUCCGUUUAUAGAAAAUACGAUUUAAAGGGCUCUACAGUAGCAAGAGAAGCCAGUGACAAGGAAAAGGCCAAAGAAUUGCCAACGUUCAAAGACAAUGACUUCAUCAAUGAUGGUCAAAAGAUUUACAUUGAUGACACCAACAAAAAGAUGUUCCUCGAAAAACUUAAAAAGGAUGUUGAGUUCCUUGCUCAGUUAAAACUUAUGGACUACAGUUUGCUGGUUGGAAUUCAUGAUGUUGAGAGAGCAGAACAAGAGGAGAUAGAAUGUGAAGAGAAUGAUGACGAUGAAGGGGAAAGCGAUGGGACUCACCCAGUUGGAACACCUCCAGACAGUCCAGGAAAUACGCUGAACAGCUUGCAGCCUUUAGCUCCAGGAGAAUUUGAUCCAACCAUUGAUGUUUAUGGAAUAAAAUGCCAUGAAAAUGCACCAAGGAAGGAAGUGUACUUUAUGGCCAUCAUUGACAUUCUUACUCAUUAUGAUGCAAAAAAGAAAGCUGCCCAUGCUGCAAAGACAGUCAAACAUGGCGCUGGUGCAGAGAUUUCUACAGUUAACCCGGAACAGUAUUCAAAGAGGUUCUUGGACUUUAUUGCCAACAUCUUGACGUAACCUAAUUUUCCAUUGGACAGAUGCAACAUCUGGGAAUAGCAGCAAUGCCUGCAAGCGUGUGAGGGAUAACAGCUUCUUUUCAAAGGAACUCUCAAGUGUUCUCUUGCAGAAGGCAGCCCCCUCGUUUACAUCUGCUGGCAAAGAUGACCGACCGGGGUGAAAUACUCGCUUUAACAGCUGCCUGAUUAUGCCCAGCAUAGUUCUAGCUAUUUCUGAUGCGUGUGUGUGAGUGUGUGCGUGUGCAAAAGAAAUAUAAAUUAACUAAUAACUAAAAUAGGUCAGCUUCUUACUCAGCUUGCAUUGCAACAACACUCCGUGGAUACGAGCUGAGAUGGAACAAUGGGCAAAGGAGGAGAGGGGGAGGGGGGAGGAAGAAAGGAGGGUGUGCAUGUUCUGCUAUACUGGUAUCAAAACUGUAAACUGUGGAUCAGUUUAUACUUUGAAUGGAAAGGUGCAAGACAGUAUUGGUGGUGUUGACAACUAUGACCUUACUGCGAAUGUUACACUUAAGAACCCUGCAUGUUGGCACUCCUUAUGAACAGCUCCAUGUGUUGGAAACUUUCCCAUUGGCAGCAUUUCAAAUUUUUGUUUUACUUUAUUCCAUUGGCCCAUUGCAACAGGAAAUAGCCUUCCAGCAAUUCAGAGGUUUGGCCUUUUUCCCUUUCCUUUCCUUUCCUUUUUUUUUGGGGGGGGGGGCGGUUAAACCAAGAUCUAAUGCCGUAAUCAUGCUGCAUGUCCUUUGCAAGGGUAAACAGAAUAUGAGGAGGGGGGAAGGAAUAUAGGCUGUCUUAGUACAUAAAGCUUUUACUGUAAGUUUGUCGUAUAGGGACUGAAUAUACUGCAAAGGAAAUCAAAUCAUGCUUUUAAGAAAGAAAUGCAUGAUUUGGGGCAAUAAUAGUAUUUUCCACCACAUGAACAAAGGAAUAGGAAAGUCUGUUCACCUGUAACUGAUCAAACAGGAUAUUUAAUUGCUUACAUGUGCUGUUUUUAAUAUUUUAUUAAAAUGUUUCUUUUUUAAGCCCUAAAUUUUACUGUUUACAUUAAUAGGAAAACAGGGAUGCUUUUGAGUUUGUGCGCAGUAUGUGAAUCUGAAGUUUACAUGUAAAGUUAUUUUGCAGUACAGAUGAAGUAAUUUCUUGAAGUGUAAUAUACAGUACUGUACCCAAGCAGAUGUUUCAUUCAAGCCCAGGAGAGAGGAUCUCUUUUUACAUCAAUGGUGACAGAUUGUUCUGAGGUAUUUAGGUGGUUCUUCAUUAUUUUAAUAAUAAUUAGCAUUGUGUUUCUCCAAAUUAUGCUAUUUUACUGAUUGCUUAAUAUUGUGCUGUAACUUGUAACCUGUUUUAAACAAUUUAAAUUAUAAGUUUUGGGGAAGGUUCUAAGGUUCCUAAAGGACAAAAUUAGAUAUGCUUCAAAUUACAUUCACUUCUUCUACACUGUGCUAAAAUUGUGCCUUUUAAACAGUCCCUUGUGGAAACAAGAGAGGCAACUCAGAAAAAAAGAAAUCAUGCUCUCCCACUGCAGCUUAAAAUGGAUUCCAGGAUUGCCAGGUUGCCUUCUCUAAUGAUGUAAAACCAGUGUUGUCAAGAUUGCAGUUGUGUAUAAUGUGUGCAGUUUGGACUAUGGAGAAAUCUGAUAAAAUAGCAGCUGAUCUUCUAUUUUGUGUGGUCAAAGACAAACCAUGUUACUUUCAAAACUUGCAAAGCAAAACAAAACAAAAAACCCCACAUACGCACACAAGAUUUUGUGACCUCCUUAAACAUAUCUGCAUUGAUAUUAUUUUUCCACCAAAGAUAAUGAACUUUAAAAAGUGAUACAGUUGUUAAUGUAAACUACCAUCUCUUUCUUUUGCUUUCUGCCCACAAAAUUUCUCGGAUGCUUAAAGAUACCAUUUCUGUGUGAAAACAAAUGGAUGUUGAGAUUUACAGCAACCCUUCAAGAACAUCCGAUUGUGUUGAUUUUAUCCAGAUCAGGGUUAAUGACGCUGGGACCUUGAAUCCCCUGAUUUUCUUGGAGAACUGUCAUCGCUUCAGCAGAAGGCAUGCUUUGCAUGCAGAAGUUUCUGAGUUCUGCCAUCUCUAGGUAGGGCUAAGAAAGACACCCGUCUGAAAUUCUGGAGAGGCACUGCCAGCCAACGCAAAAAAAGACUGAGCUCGAAGGACUGGAAUAAGACGGCUUCCUUUGUUUUAUUCCCAGUGCUAUGGCUGCUGUCUUUCUUCCCCUUGGCCUGCUUGAGUUUACUUCUCAGCCAGCAGUCCAGCCCAUUAGUGACUGUGUGAGGGAAGAGCUGCAGCCCACAUUAGCUUCCCGCCGUGUUCUGUUUCCUCUUUGAUCUGCUCAUCAUAUCCAUAAUUGGUUAGUUAUUGUGUUACACACUAAUGAUGCUGGUUCCACUCUUUUUUAAUGUUUAUCAGCUGCUGCAAAUCUGGUUGGCAUAUUCAUUUCCUCAAUAAUGUAAGUCUUGUUUAGCAUAUUAAAGUAACUUCACUUUCUGUGGUAGAUUUUCACAGUCCAGUGAGACAUGAUCCUCCAAACUGCAUCCUUCAAUUUUGGAUAUAUUAUAAAAAUGAUUGAGAUAAAAAGAGCAACAAUUGCAAAUCCAAGAUAUUUAACAAUGGACAGCUUGUAUGCAUACCUGUUAACCUUUUUCAGGCCUUACUUUGAACAAAUUUUGGGGGGUACUCUCUUUUUUAAUAUUCAUAUCUUUGAAAAACCCAGACUUCAUAAAUAUACCCCAUAUUUCCAUGGGGGAGUAUUUGCAAGUUGAUAGAGCUCCAUCUAUCCCCCAGCUGCUAAUACCUAGAAAUAAUACUUCACUAAAUUGCCAUCUCUUUCCCUGCCUGAAUUCUAUUGGUACGAUCAAAUGUAUUACAUACACUUAUGUAUUACCCGUAUAUAUAUUUGGAUGCUUAGGUGGAUUGUCACCAGAAAUGCUAUCACUGGUGACUUUUCAGGGUGAAAAACCUUAAGCAAUGUCCACUGUGCCACUCUUCACCUGUUGCAUUAUUCCACACAAUUCCUUUUUUUUUUUUUCUAUAGCCCAGCCCAUCUUCCCUGAAGAUUUGCUUUACAAUUUGUUAGUUCGUAUCUUGUGCCUGUGUGAUGAGGGUACCUCUCUAGGGUCGCAAAGGCCCAAGUACCUCCAGCUUAUCUUGCAUCCCUCUGUGGUAAUACAACCAGCACAGUAUGUUUUACAUGCUAUUCCCUAAGGGGAAGUAGAUAUCACGCAGUUGCGCUUACUUUUCUUUUUAAAACUUCAUGUUCAUAAAAGUGGGUUUUUAAAAACCCUUCUGUCUCUUUCCCUGCAUGCCAAAUGUGUGCAUGUCCUUUUUCCACUUAAUGCCACGUCUCCUGCUUUAUUGUUCUGUCACUUUCUGUGGUAGGCACUGCAGGAUUCAUUCAAGCACCUUUCCCACAAAACACUGCCUUCAUCCUCACUUGCUGGUCCAUAGAGCCAUCUCUUUUCCAGGGAUGAAAAGUCUCAAUUCUCUGUUCUGACCCUUUGAUGCCACUUCAUCUUAUUUCCCUGUUUGUGGGGGUCCAUGGAAGUGCUUGGUUGGCAGGAAAAGAAGAAAAACUUUGGUGAUUUUCUGGUAAGAUUUAUCUAUGUGAUCUUGGAUUCUUGCAAAUGUUAAUGUCCUAUAUGUUUAUAGGGCGUAUAUUCCUGCUUUUUACACCCUUCUCAGCUCUUGUGUGUAUUAGCUCUCACAGUCUGCCUUUAUUUAUCUUUAAUAUUUGUAUACACUGACUUUAAUAUAACUUCCUUAAGAGUAAAAUCACAUGCUUCACUUGUGAGCUCAUUUUACAAUAUGGGCAUUUUAACCCACCUUUCACUCUUGCUCUAAACUCCCUUCUGGACUUUUAACCAAGAACAAUGGAACCAAUUCUGCCAAACUUCAGCUGAUGUCAAUCAGAUAAAAUGUUCACUAUAUGGCAGAAUCCUCCUCUGGACGGAAGAAAGCUUCUUUCCUUAAAAUGUAGUCUUGCAUUACCCAGUUGCCCACUUGCCACUUCCUUGGGCUUCAUCCUCACUCACUGCAUUUCAGGCACUUCUUUCCUCUUUAUAUUUAGCUUUAAUUGGAUUAUUUCUUAGCUGUUUCUUGUAAAUCUUUAUAUAACACAUCAGUAGAGCCAACAGUUACCUUCCUCAGCUGCCCGUCUGGGAGUUCUGUACUGAGCUUUGCAUUAGUCACGGGGUUGAACAGAAAACAAAUUGUGAGGGGGCCUUGAUGGCCUAAAUUGCUAUAAGAAUGAUUUACAUUCCAGUCCUUCUCAGUUGACUCAAUUAUAUUUUACUGCAUUUUCAUCAAGCUCUGGUCAUACUGUUCCGCAGCCCCUUAAGACUGUGGAUCGUAAUGGCUAUGGAACCAUUGUGUUAUGCCCAGUGUCAGGAAUAACUCCUAUAUCACUUGCCUGGUGAAAAGCUUUUCUGCAUCAGUCAGUCCCCUGGCCUUCCAGAAUGGAGGGGAGAUAUAGUGGAAUCAUUGCUUGUAAGUUCAAGUUGUAUCAUUCCUGCUUGGAUGGCUUCAAACAAGGAUCAGCCUGGACUUUUUUUGUUGUUGUUGCAUUGCUUUUUCAUAAAAAUUUCCUAAGAUGGUGAACAACAACAACAGUUUUUAAAAAUCCAGUCAUUAUGAUAAUAGCACAAUAAAAUGUGGACAAGGCAGGUACAAACUAAGGAAAUGGCAGCCCAUCAAACAUAUAAAUUAAAGUUAAAAUACGGUGCAGUGGAGCAAAACAAAUCAGCUCAAUAGAUCCAGUACCCAUUUGCAUUAGAAGCUACUCAGAAUGACUUUUCCUGGAUUCCUGCCAACCACAUAACAGAUGUUAGUAAGAUAGAGAAAAUCCUCUCCAAAGUUUUUAAGGUUCGUCUUUCGGAGAACCAAGUCUCCAGCAGUUUAGGACCUUUUUAUUGGUUAUAACCAGCACAUGAGUUGUAUGAACAGUCAGUGUUGCUGACUUAACAUAGGAGGCGCAUGCUCCCAAUAUGUGGACCCAUUCUACAGCUUGGCUGCAGCACUCUGGACCAGCUAGAUUUUCUGAACAGAUGUCAAAGGACAACUUCAAUAGAGUAUGAUGCAGUAAUCCAAACAAAAAGUAAAUAAGUCAUGUGCAAAGGCCAGAACUGACACCACUAGCAAUAGGAAUAGUUGGUCCACCAGCUUCAGUGGAGAAAAGCGCUCAUGGCUACUGCUGAAACCCAAGCAUCAAGGUCUCAAUUUGGGAGUAAAUGAACUGAGGAUGGAUGGAUGGACGGACAGAUACUGAUAUAUGGAAGUGGGCUAUUGGCUUUCUGGAUUACUUCUGCUAAGUGCCUCUUCUUGAUCAUUUUUUUUAGUUGCAUCUAUAGAUCUUGUCAAGCUCCACUUGCUUAAAUUCAUCUGUGUCGUAACUAAAGAUCCCAUUCAUUUACUAUGAACUUGGCUAUAAUUCCCAGUAUUUCCUUCCUUUCCAAGAACACCUCAGAAGAUUCUUUCAGUCCUAUAUAGAAUAUGUUUUGAUAUUGUGUGGGCAAAUAGUCUCUAGAAUUCUGUCUUCUAGUGCAGCGGACCAGCUCCCAUGAUCAAAUAAGCCACUAGCUGCAUGCACAUAGUUCAGCCUAUCAUUGCCUAUUUAAGGGUUGGAUUGUGGUGUGUAUGUGUUGGCCAAGCUGCAGCUGUAGCUUACCAUGUUGUCUGAACUUGGGCAGUGGGAUUUGUGCAAAGGUUUGACAAGCCUUGCAUAACCCAUGUCCUGCUCUAGAGUUAUGUGGGGGAGGUUAGCUCCCUACCAUCUGGGUUUAGAUAACACAAUAAGCUCUAGCUGUGGCUUAAAUAUGCGAAAAUUGGAUGGCUCAGUGUGGUAAGAUGUGGUGGGCUCUCGUGAUUCUCCAGACUGAAGUAGUGUAUCCUGCCCCAUAUUUGCCACUCAGAUUAAUGCCCAGUCCUUGGGGCUGAUGUUAGCAGUGAUCACAGCCUUAUCACCCAGCUAGUUGCUAUGCUACUUGCUGAGACUUCCACCACUUGUACAGUAGUUACAGAAUUAUUUGAAGGGCCCAUUAAGUUUGUUGCCACCUCCAUCCCAUAGGAUUUCAACGAGUACAUUUCUUUUUCUGCUGUAGCCUCUUGUACAUACUCCUUCUCUACCUCACACCCACCCGAUUUGCAUUUCAACAGUACUUGUACGAAUUGGAUGGUUUCUUGACUUUUUUUAUGAUUCUCUGCCUUUUUCUUCUCUAUGUUCUAUAGCUACACUUAGAGCUGCCCAUGUGUUCAUUUCUUUUGCAUCUGACUCCUCUUUCUUCCAACUUGGUUCUUUUCUUCCACUGAGCAGAUUCAGUGAAUGCCAGCCCUAAAAUACUAUUACCAUAUGCAUCUUGUGAGCUACAUUUUUAUAACAGAGAGUUCUUCUUCAUGGUCUCUGUGCAUCACAUUCGCCGGCUUGUGCACCUGCACAAUGUCUGGACCUCGUCUUGCAGGACCAGGACUGCAUUCCCCGCCCAGACUUCAAGCCCCUUGCCACAGCAGAGCUCCCUGCCUGUCUUUGAAGAUGCCGUUCCUCAGAGCCAGAAUUUCGGCCCACUGCUCUGUGUGCUCUCCACACUUCAAGUGGACACCUUUACCUGACCUCCUUCAGGGAUAAGGCAGUCUUCCACCCUUCAGGGCCAAGAUCACCUCAUCCUUUCCCCUUAAGCAGGACUUCCUUUCCCCUACCUUCUUUGCCAACCCUUCCACCUCUGUAGAGACAACCCUCCCUCUAAUCAACUUUCAAGAGGGCCCCUGCCUUCUUCAAGUCAAAAACCAAGAAGCUCUAGCCACUCUCCCUGGCUCUUUAUGUGCUAUGACAGCCAGAAAAAAGGGGACACCUCAUCACCCAGAAUAUCCAAGAGGGUGGAUCUCCAACAGCAUCAGGCUUGCAUACAAGAUUGUGGGCCUCCACCUAGUAUCACACCCACGGUCCCCCUGCAGGAUGUCUCCACACCAUCGGUGUCCACAAGACACUGCUGGCUUGAUGUCCAUGUAGGGAAAGACUGUGCCUUCGGCAGAGCAGUACUCUACUCUGUUCUCAAGGGAUGACAGCCUCCCUCCAUCCUACGCGGGGCAAGCUUGCUAGUCACCCAUGUGUGUGAUGCACAGAGACCUCAAAGAAUGACAGGCAUUCCUCAAGUGGUCAUCUGUGCAUUCACACAACUUGCCCUCCGGCCCCACUGACUGUCAUGCACCCAACUUCGGUCUCCAUAGGAACUGAGGGAGUGGGCAGCGACCCCUCCCCUUCUGGGAACCGGAAGGGGAGUGGCUCCCACCCAGUCCAGCAUACUCAGCUAUUGACAUUUUUCCCAGUGUAGGCAUUGCGCAGGCACGCGAACCUGUAUGUGUGAAUGCACAGAUGACCAUUUGAAGAACAACGGUUACAGGUAAGCAACACCUAUCCAUGCUUUUAUUCUCCUUUUUUCUGAACAGUGAUUUUCCUGCCAUUCUCUUAGGUUGCUGGCAUUCCUUAGUUACCACAUCAGCCUGCUCCUUGGCUACUUGCCAAAUCAUUUAGGUUGCUCGACCCUAGAUCCUGUUUGCUGCCUUCUCUCUCUCAAAGGCUUUCUCGCCCACAAAUGCUAGCAUUUUCUCUAAAUCAUUGUUUUAAAAAGUCUUUGCCAUCCAUUCGCCACUGUUGCCAUCAGUUUAGCUUCUACCUUUUGCCUAGAAAAAAUGCCUGUUCCAAAGUUAGGCUGCAAUCCUUAGUUGUCUAGUUAGGCUAUCAUUGUUCCCAAUGUGGAGCCAAUUCCCUUUCUUGGAGUUCUUGGACUCCGCAUUAAGACUCUGCUUGAACCAAAGGUUUUCUGCCUCCAUGCGCUACCAAACUGUUAAGAUCUUGAUUUUAUGGGCUGUUCGGAAGUAGGCUGUAGGAAAAGAUUAAGAGGCACAUUAAAGCUGCACACAAACAAACCUAUUUAUUCUAAGUUUGGAGAACUUGCAACUGUCUGUGACACAUCAGUUACAUUGACUUUAUUUUUCAUGGCUUCAUCUGUGCUUUUUUUUUCCUCGCAAAUACUACAGUUGUAGACAUGCAGUUAUAUUGCUUCACAUGCUUCUGUAUCUGCAAAUGCUUGUACAAUAGUUACUUUCACAAAGACUAGUAGCAUCAGCUUUUAUAGUCCCAUUAAUACAGACUAGCUUUUGCUAUGAUGUCCCCAGACCUACUCUGACUAUUUUACUAAUCUAAACACAGGCAGACUUGAAAAGCAUAUAGCAGGUCUCAUCGGUCGAUGUUCAAAUUCAUGCUUCAAAUCUGUCAGACUUUGAGGUUCAACUGGGAAAUUAUGCUGGUUUGGCAGGAACUCUCCAGAUGUUUCCUUUAUACAGUCUACUUUAUACCCAGGGUAAAAAUCCACAUAUGGGUUUAUGUUCCAUGUAUUCUUGGUUGCUAGAAUUUAAUAUUUGGUCAAAAGUCCAUAUAUGAUGAAAGGUCAUAUUAUCUAGUAUGUUUAUUUUCCAGUAAGCUGACCACAAGAGGAAGGUUCAUGGGUUUUAUGGAAAACCCUGAUAAGGGGGUUGAUGAGCCCAGAUAAAGCUGAGACGAUCUACUUUGGCAUUUCAGGUAUUCUCUCUGUGGCUCAGACUGGAUGGUGGGAUUUGGCUACCUUCCUUUCACCAACAGUAAGAAUGAGUGAGUCCAGAUUUCUACCAAUUUAGCUGUUGCAUUGACUAAUAGAAUUAUUUGAGGUUAGGUGUGGGACUUGAGUCUGCCCUGUUGGAAAUAAAUAUACUAGAUCCAUUGUUCUAAUAGGUCAGAUGUGAACCGAGGCUUUUUCCACAAUUGCGGAAUAUGCCCUGAUCUGGGUGCCUAGUCUUUUUCCAGGAUCCAUUGCAAUUUCGGAUCCUUUCACCAUGUGACCCUUCUAGUGAUGUUAACAGUACUGUCCUAUAUGUGUCCAAUUCUAUAUUUUUAUGUAUUUAAGUUGGUCACUGUGGCUUGAGUAUCAUUGUUUUUAUUUUUCCCCUCAUACAUGCAUACCUGUUAUCUCUGACAUCACAUGAAUGUUUUCUUUCUCACUGUAAGAAGGCUUACAGUGGCUUCUAAAGUAUCGUGAGACUGCAAAGAUGCUACUGGGAAACUGAGGUACAUGUUACAUUAAACGAGUAAAUAUUCCAUUGUGGCCAAUUAGCGUAUGCUUUUUAAUGAACUAACGACAGAGCCUUUUUUGUCUGUAACAGUCUUGUCAUUCAUUACUGUUAAACUGUUGGAGGGGGUGAGGAAGUCUCACAAUGUAUUGCAUAGUUCUAAAAACACACUUCAGACAUGAAUAAGGCUUUAUAAAAUAAAAGCACUUUGACUUGCUAGGAAAA